CGCCUCUUGUGUUUGCUCCAUAAACAAAUAGGCUAGCAUACUUUAACAACAACAAACUUCUGUAUUUGUCGAAACAUAAAAAUUUCCUUGUCAAAACCAAAUGGCUGCUGUGAGGAGAGCAUUAAGACUGUGCCAACCCGCAGCAGAAUUGAUACGCAACGCGAAUCGAACCUCCAACCUUUCUCAAAUAAUUCGGAUCGUCUACUCUGACAGUAUAUAUAGAAACCCAACUGUAGGGUUAUCUCUGCGGUUCUCAUCCGACAGAGAGGUUGGCGUUUCGAAUUCCGCAAGUAACGUCCCCGAUGAAAACAGACGCCGUAUUUUGAAUAGGUUGUUGUAUAGAAGCAAGCAAAGGGGUUUUCUGGAAUUGGAUUUGGUGCUGGGGAAGUGGGUGGAGGAGAACGUCCAGAGUCUCGAUGAAGUCAAUUUAAAAGCCCUUGUGGAUGUUCUAGACCUCGAAAAUCCAUACUUGUGGAAAUGGCUUACUGCUCAGGAGCCUGCACCUGAAGUUGUGAUGAAAAAUCCGGUGUUCAUUGCUUUGCAUGAGAAGAUCAUGAACAAUCUGAAUACCUAUACUUCUCCUGAUACAAGGGCAAAGCCUGGACAGCCAUGGGUGAGGGGGUGGGAUGAUAAGCGAUCUCUAGGAGGUCCUGUAGCCGGAAAUCAGUGAAUUAUUGAAGUCAUCUGAAAACAACUCUUAAUACAUCAUACUUUUAUGAUGUUAUUAGUACCUCUUCUGUUGAAGAGGAUCAUUCCACUUCACUCAUGAUGCUAUAUAAGGAUUAUAUAUUUUCAAUCUGAAAUAAAUCCAUUAACCAAUAAUUGCUGACAAAUAAUAGUAGGGUUGCAAAUGUUACUGAUCAGUAGGAUGAACUGGGUCUAAGCUGAGCUGUAGAUAAUCCAUUUCACUGACAGGAAUUUGUCAACAAAAAGCUGAAGACUGUGGAUCAGGUGUUGUUCACUUAUGCUCAUAAAGAUGGGAUAUGUAUCUCUGUUUUCAUUAAUAUGUUGCUUUCUUCUAGCUUUA